AUCCACUUCCCAAACUUUCCUCUCCCACCUUACCAGCCUCCCAACGCCCACACACUCUCAACUCCAACUACGAAAACUUACUCAAUUUCACGCACACCACCACACAUUUCAAGAUGUCCGGCUACAACCCCGCGCAAGCCACAACCUCCAACACCGAUCCCGCUACCCUUGCCACGAUCGACUCAAACGCGCGCGCUGUCCUGUACAAAUGCGGCGACUGCGACAUGGACGUCCCACUGAAGCGCGGAGAGCCGAUUCGCUGCAGGAACUGUGGACAUCGUGUUCUUUACAAGCAGAGGACGAACCGUAUGGUUCAAUUCGAAGCCCGGUGAGCGGUCGCAAGCUACCGUUUCCACAACUCGAACAGGUCAACGAGGGCGCGGAUAGGCGACUAGCAAAAUGGAUAGCCAGCUACGAGCGACAUUACGAUUAUACAUGGACGGGCGGACGAGACAAGGCGAGGCGAAAACAUUCCAACACAACAUACACCAGUCUCCUGCUUGAACCCAACGGACCCGGGAAUCUUUAAGCUUGCAUACACAUGGCGUAAAUUCACAGAGAUCGAUUAUACCACUUUCCCUUAUUCAUGUUAAGCGUUUCAUCUUCGAAAAGGCGCCACUUGCACUUUCCCUUACGACAAUGUGAGCAAGAUACAUACAGAACCAAGGAGGGAAUGCGAGGACAUAGCACAGGAUAGUUUGUGUAAUACAGACAUAUACCUUGAA